UCAGUCUGGCUCAGUCAUCGGUUCACGGAAGAGGGCUACGAACUGGCUGAACGUUACCGAAGUAGCUCCUCUUUGUGGUGCGUGGAAAAGCAAAACACUGCGUAGUGUAAAGAAAAGCAGACACACGCGAGAUAAUCUGCGAACUGUUCGAUAGCUAGUAUCAUGGCACGGAGGUCAGCGCCAGAUAGUCCUUGGCAAAAUGGCGUGCCACCAUUCGCUCUCUGCCAGCCAACAUUCAAUCCUAUGAUGAAUUGUAGCCCUAUGUGGGGUCAGAGUAACGUUCCCUUUAUGGGGAACAUGAUGGCGCCAAACAUGAUGCGAUAUGGAGACAACACUUCGUCUCAUUCAAACUUUAGAAGGAACUUCGACCAGAGGGAUCGACGUUUUCAACCAAGACGAAGGCAGGAACACCCACCCGAAGGGAACCGCCGAGGGGGUAAACGUUCUCGCUUCUCUCCUCGAAAUGGGAAGCGACCUGCUGCGCGUCGCUCCCGUUCUCCCCCUGCCAAGAGAGUUGCAAAGGAGGCAGAUACAGCAGAGGAGGAGGAGGAGAAGGUUGUUAAAACUGAGGAGGAGGCAGGUGGAGAAAAUCUGGAAGAGGAGCCGUCACGAGGGACGGAGGAGGAGGAGGACCUGUACGACCCUGCUGAUCCUACCAACGAUGCUGCUGAAGAGGCACCUGAAUCCAAGGGCGAGGGUUACGCGGAAGACGCACUUGAUGCUGAGGCAGAAAUAGACAAAUUUGAAGAUGCUAAUCUACAUUCUACACUGAACGAAGGGGCAGCCCCCACUGAGGAAGCGCAAGAUGACUUUGUAUUGCAGGAAAGCAACGAGGAAGGUCUUGCAUCUGAAGCAGUUGAGGAAGUUCCAAAGGAUUCUGCGGAGGGGGAAGAGGCAGCAGUGCAGUACGAAGAUACUCCAUCAGCUGGAGACCCGUGUGGGACCCCGGAGAAGCAGCAGACCCCCGUGAAAAGCGCACAGCAGACACCAGUGAAAGGGGCUCAGCAGGCUGAGAAGGAUGACAAGGCAGUUAAAAAGAGCGCUGCCGAGGAAAAAUCUGCGCAAAAUGUCUCCAAGAGUCCGAAGAAGCCUGCAGAAGCUGCAAGAAAGCCCGAAGAGAAAAAAAGUGACCACCGGCGUGAUGUUUCCUCAUCAAGGAAGCAGAAGGGAAAGGGUUGGUGCACCGUGUGCGAACUUAACUUUGAUGGAAGUUUCCUUGAACACAGACGAACAGAGGAACACAAGCGCAAGAGAGACCAGAAAUACCCGAAGUGUCAUCCAUGUAGCAUGGGCUUCGCUAAUUCCAAGCAGUACGAGUUGCACUGCUCUGGCAACUUUCACAAGAAGAAUGUUGAAGUGCAGGACAAUGAAAUUGAUGAAAAGUCUAAUCCACUGGGUGCGGAGUACUUGGAGGAGAUCACUGCUUUCUUCUGCACCUUAUGCCACGUGCUACUCAAGCCAGACGUGAAGGACCAGCAUUGCCGCACACGUGGCCACUACCGCAGACAUAGGGACGUGAAACGUAAGGAAGAAACCUCGAAGUCCAAAGAUAUUGCCGAAGAUGAUGACGCUAUAUUCACAAUCACGGAUGAGAUUGUUAGUGACGAUGAAGGAAAAGGUGAAUCAGUAGAUAAGCCACAGCCUGCAUCAGAGGUGACUGCAGACGAGGCAGCAAAGGUAGACGAACAGACUGUCCCUGAUGCUGGCGUCGAGUCCGCUUCUCCAGUUGUCGACACCACCAUGAACAGUGACGUCCCCACUGAAACCGCACAACCUGAAGUGACGACUGAGGUCUGUCCUGCAGACAAUAAUAAUGCAAAUGGCGAUACUGGCUUAGAGACGAGCGUCGUUCAGGGUGUCGACGAAGAAAUGAGCGGGUAUAAGACUGCAGACGACGCAACACCCGAGAAGGUAGCUGCCGUCAACAGCGCAAAAGCAGUCAGUGUCACAUCCACACCAAAGUCAACCGAGGGUUCAAACAGGGGACGUGCAAGGGGCCCGAUUGGCCGGGGCCGAGCCAUCCGGGGCCGGCGGCGGUAAGGGGGAUCCCCGGUUCAAAAGAUGACGCCCCUCAAAAUUUGAACGAGGUCGUCGCACUUGCUUCGCUGCAAAAUUUUUAGUUGCAUCUUUGUGCCCACAUUCUUUUUCCUUUUUUUUUCUUUUUUUUUUUCCAUAUUUGUGAGCCUGUGCAAGAAAGGGAAAUACUACUCGGAUGUUCUAGUGUGUUGCAUUCUGCAGUUAUGCUUUCAACUACACUUUAUUUGUUGGGAAGCACUUUGCAACUAUUCCUUUGCAGUUGCAACAGGGAUUCAUCGAACGCGUAUAACAUUCAUCAUUCUUUUUUUUGUCAUAAUCAGUGUUUUUAUUGUGGAAGUACAAGAAGUCUGUUCCUCCCUUUGGUCGAAAAGUGGUAAGGUGCGCCAGUGUGGCAGGUUACUCCGAAUAUCGUGAGCGUCAUGUCUUUCCUAUGUUUGGAUGAAAUAAAGUUCUGCACCACCUGCA